GAGCCGUUCUGCCAGACCGCACGCUCCGCCUUCUGCAAACGGCCGUGGGGGCAGAGGCUUGGGUAAGUUCCCCUUCCGCUUCCUCCUGCCUCCUGUCCUGCUGCUGCUGCUCCUCAUUCAGGACGCCUCUCCAGCUCUCCACACCCCGCGCGCCUGCAGAAACGCUGGGGCUCUGAGCUGUCACCACUACCAGCCCCCAGGCCUCGGACACCAUGCAGGCCAUCAAGUGUGUGGUGGUGGGAGAUGGAGCCGUGGGCAAGACCUGCCUGCUCAUCAGCUACACCACCAACGCCUUCCCUGGAGAGUACAUCCCCACCGUGUUUGACAACUAUUCAGCCAAUGUGAUGGUGGACAGCAAGCCUGUGAACCUGGGGCUGUGGGACACGGCUGGGCAGGAGGACUAUGACCGGCUUCGGCCACUCUCCUACCCGCAGACGGACGUCUUCCUCAUCUGCUUCUCCCUUGUCAGCCCAGCCUCCUAUGAGAACGUCCGGGCCAAGUGGUUCCCCGAGGUGCGACAUCACUGUCCGAGCACACCAAUCAUCCUGGUAGGCACCAAGCUGGACCUGAGGGACGACAAGGACACCAUCGAGAAGCUGAAGGAGAAGAAGCUGGCACCCAUCACCUACCCGCAGGGCCUGGCACUGGCCAAGGAGAUUGACUCAGUGAAAUACCUGGAGUGUUCGGCCCUCACCCAGCGAGGCCUGAAAACUGUCUUUGAUGAGGCGAUCCGAGCCGUCCUGUGCCCGCAGCCCACACGGCCACAGAAGCGCCCCUGCAGCAUCCUCUAGUGGAUGCACCCAGCCUUCCCAGCCAGAUGGUUCUGACUCUCCAAGGGCCCCACCCAAUGCCCAGUGGCCCCCUGGCUGGCCAUGCUGUUCCCUUCCUGUGGCGUUUCUUAGCAAGAUGGCUGCAGAGCUUGGUUGACUGUCUUCUCUGUGCUGAAGGUCCCCCUGGGGGCCCAAAGAGUGUAAAUUUGUAGGUGCUGCGCCCCCAUCCCCUCAUGCUCCAGCCUUCUCAAGGGCCAAAAGGAGGUCCCAGCACCCAGUAAGCCACCCCUGCGUUGCUGCGGUCAGAUGCUACACAUGGCGUCAUCUACCCCGUUACUCUUCCCUUCACCCCCAACGCCUGAAUCCCCUCUGCGAACUUCAGGCCAGAUGGUUGCUGGCCACCACUUAUAUACCUUCAGAGAUGGAUCUCUCCUUCCCUUCUGGGGCAGUGGUAUACUCCAGUACUGAUGGUCUUGCUUAUUGAGACUUCUUCUGAGGAGUUAAAUUAAGUGUCUCAGAAGGUUUGUUCCUCUCUGGUCUUAGUCCUCCUUUGGGGACAACAUACAUUCAGAUUUUCUAAAUCUCUGUGAGUACCUGCCCAGUCAACCAAAAAAGAGGGUCCUGCUGACUCCUGCCAUCUCUCAAGUCUUUCUCCUCCACUCACAGGACCCUGAGCUGCAUUUAUCUGUGAGAGUCUUAAAACUUUCAUACCUUGCCAGUCAGGACUUUUGCCAUUGCAAAUAGAAACCCUGCUUAAGCAGAAAAUAAAUUUAUUGAUUCGAGAUUGGAAAUAUCAUGACUUCAGGUGCAGCUUGAUCAAGGGGGCUCAAAUGAAGUCAUCAGGGCUCACUUUCCUAUACUUUCCGCUGUCUGGUUCAUUCUUAGGCACAGUGACUCUCAGGGCUUCACCCUUCCAGUUUCAAGUUCAGCAAAAAAGAGCAAGUGUCUGCCCCAGGCAAAGUUCUGAUUAAGGUUUACUCUGAUUGGUCCAGCUUAGAUCUUCCCCCUUUCAACCAAUCACAUUUGUCAGGAGAAUCCUGUGCUCUGAUUGGCCAAACCUAGACCACUUGACAAGCUAGAGCAAGGAGAGUAGGCCUCCGUUUCAAAACCGCACCCACUAGAGUGGAGGUGGGGGGAUUUGGUUCUCAAAAGGAGGCUGAGAGCCUUGUCAGAAUUUGGGAAUAUGGGUGUCGAGCAGCCAGAAACCCCAGUCUCCAAUAUUGGCAGUCCCAGGAAAGUGUCCACACAGUGUCAGGAACCAGUGCCGGUCCCAGCAGGCACUAAGCACAGGGAAGUUUAAGAGAGGCUGCUGUCAGGAUUAACAAGGCUCAUCCCUAAAGCGCCACUGACGGGUAUGGAGCCAAUCUCCCCUCAGUGUUUGCUGAUUCACGAAUGCCAGACUUUCCAGUCCUGUGGAUGAUCCUGCUUCUAUUUAUCUGAGCUUCAUCCAUCCAUUCAACACAAGUUUACCAAGCACCUACUCUGUUCCAGGCACUGUUGUGUGGCCCUGCAAUUCACUCGAGUUAUUGCCCUCAGGGGCUGACAGUCUAGAGAAGCUAAAAUAAAGGAUUUUUACAAAGAGAUAUGAGACACUGUCCUGACAACCCAGAAGUCUCUCAAUUUGCAGCCAGUGAAAUGCUUUGAAUUUCCAUUUCUGGCUCCCCCAGGGCUCCUGGCCACUUCCACUGCCCCGAGACCUGAAGUUCUGAUGCAAGAUCUCACCUCACUGUCCUUCCCUCUUGAAAGCCCCACCAUCUAGAAAGGGAUGGGAUGUAGGCAGGGAAGCCCCAUGUCCUUUCUCAGUUUCAGCUCAGACAAGGUUGUCAUGUUUUUAAAGCUGCCUCUCUUCUGAAACAACCUCAAAAACCAUUAACACUGUUACCUCACCCCACCCCCAGCACACACAACACAAACACAGAUAUGCGUGGGUCAGAACCCACACUCUAAGAGGUCCAAGGUUUAGAAGCCAUAAGAAGGCUUUUCCCAGCAGGCCAGAGUCGAGAAGAACCUCUUUCUCUUCCCUGCCCUUCCGGGGCCUUGGGAUAAAUCCAGGACCAUCUUAGUGGCCGCAAGCCUGGCCACACCCUGCCUUCCUCUCUCCUGUGCUCACACCUCCUCUGCCGGGUACCUCUUCUACCAAGCCUACCCCAGUGAAUAUAGUCCUUGUUUUAUACCAGUAAUAAAGUCAGGAAAUAAAUACUCUCA